CAUCUGCUUAUCGCAGUUAUCUAUUCCUACAAUAUUGUUGUACCUACAUAAACAAAUACGUCAAUAUUGCGUAUAUAUUAUUAAUACCGUAUCAAUGUAUUAUUAUAAAUCCCCAAAAUGUAGCUAAUUAACUAUUAAUCGUAAAUUAUUAACGGUAGGAAAAUUUCUGGUGGUAUAUUACAUAUUGAUAAAUAAUAUAUAGAUUUUCCUUCGGAUAGCAUUUACGCCACGUUUUCUAGUCGCGUUAUAUAGUUAAAACGAACAACAUCGCGAACAAUAAUCAACAGCUACAAACAGAACUCUAGGCUCACAAUAAGAAGUAGCAGGUGACUAAUUUCAUUCAAUAAACCAGUAAUAAUAUAUUUUACAAAAAAUUCAUAUAAUUUAUAAUUCCGGGAUUUUUUAGAGAUUUAUCCAGUAUGAGCAAUAAAAAAAGAGAAAUCAAUGCUCCUCUAAUAGUUGUCUCCAAUCGACUUCCAUUUGUCUUGGCUAAAAAUGCAGAAGGUCAAUUAAUUCGCAAACAAAGUGCCGGUGGUCUUGUAACAGCAGUCGCUCCAGUGGUUGUUGAAUGUAACGGAACAUGGAUUGGUUGGUCUGGUUUAUUUGAUUUCAAACCUGGUACUUCAAUUCCGGAAUCGGACCCAUCUGAUAAAGCUCCAACUGCUGGACUAAAAUCUAAUCAAAUAAUCCCAGUACACAUCGAAAAAGAUGAAUUUGAAGAGUUUUACAAUGGCUGUUGUAACGGGACUUUUUGGCCACUUUUUCAUUCUAUGCCAGAUCGCGCCAAUUUUGUUUCUAAAGAUUGGAGGACAUACUGUAAAGUAAAUGAAAAGUUUGCUGAAUGUACUCUAAAUGCUCUUAGAAAUGUAAUUAAAGACUUAGACAAUGCGGGAGAUAUUGAUACAGUUCCACUUGUAUGGAUACAUGAUUAUCAAUUGUUAACUACAGCAACCACAAUAAGAAGUGUAUGUGAAGAAGAGAACCUCCGUUGUAAACUAGGAUUCUUUUUACACAUACCGUUUCCAUCGUGGGAUAUAAUGAGACUGUUACCUUGGGACGAUCAAGUUUUACAAGGAAUAUUAGCUUAUGAUUUCGUUGCAUUCCACAUUGAAGAUUAUUGUUUAAAUUUUAUUGACUGUUGCUGUCGAAGACUUGGUUGCCGAAUAGACCGAACUAAUAUGCUAGUAGAACUUGCUGGUCGUACUAUUCAAGUGAAACCUCUACCUAUUGGUAUUCCUUUUGAUCGUUUUGUUCAAUUAGCUGAAAAAGCUCCAACUUUUUUAAAUAUGCCGGAAGAUGUUAAAGUCAUUAUUGGCGUUGAUAGAUUAGAUUAUACGAAAGGUUUAGUACAUAGAAUUUUGGCAUUCGAGAAAUUUUUAGAGAAAUACCCAGAAUUUUUAGAAAAAGUUGUACUGCUACAAAUAUCAGUGCCAUCUAGAAUAGAUGUAAAAGAAUAUAAACAAUUAAAAGAUGAAACUGAAUUACUGAUUGGUCGUAUUAAUGGACGUUUUUCUAAACCUAAUUGGUCUCCAAUUCGGUAUAUUUAUGGUUGUUUAAGUCAAGAACAGUUAGCUGCUCUUUAUAGAGAUUGUGCAGUAGCAUUAGUCACUCCACUUAGAGAUGGUAUGAAUUUAGUAGCAAAAGAAUUUGUAGCUUGUCAAAUACGAACACCGGGUGUUUUAAUUUUAUCACCAUUUGCUGGAGCUGGUGGUACUAUGCACGAAGCUUUACUAGUUAACCCUUAUGAAUUAGAUGAAAUGGCUAUCGUUCUUAAUAGAGCUCUUAAAAUGCCUUUGGAUGAACGAGAGUUACGUAUGACCCAACUCCGGCAUAGAGAACAACUUUUAGAUGUUAACUACUGGAUGACGUCAUUUUUUUCAUCCAUGGGAGCCUUAAAAGAUGAAGAUGAAGAGCCACCAAAAACAUUAAAACUCCAGCUAGAUGAUUUUGACAUGUACUUAAGCAACCACAUUGCCGGGGCGGGAAAGUUAAGUUUGAUACUUGAUUAUGAUGGUACAUUGACACAUCUGACUUCACAUCCAGACUUAGCGAUUAUGUCUGAAGAAACCAAAAAAGUUUUGCAAAGACUCAGUCGUAUGCCUGAUGUCAACAUUGCUAUUAUAUCUGGUCGUACAUUAGAAAACGUCAAAUCAAUGGUAGACAUAGAAAAUAUUACUUAUGCUGGAAGUCAUGGUAUUGAGAUUAAUCAUCCAGAUGGCACAAACUUUGUACAUCCGGUACCUAAACAAUACGAACAAAAGGUUGCGGGUUUACAAAAAGCGUUAAUGGAUGAAGUAUGCAAAGAUGGUGCUUGGGUUGAAAAUAAAGGGGUUAUGUUAACCUAUCACUACCGAGAGGCACCACUUGGUAAACGAGAACAUUUUGAAAAAAGAGCUAUAGAAAUAAUUGAAAGUGCCGGUUUUGAACCUCAUCAGGGUAUGUUAGCUAUUGAAGGUAAGCCACCUAUAACAUGGGAUCAAGGGCGAGCUUCAAUUUACAUACUACGUACAACAUAUGGUGUUGAUUGGUCAGAACGAGUACGUGUUAUAUAUGCUGGAAAUGAAGAUGCUAUGUUAGCCUUACAAGGUAUAGCGUGUACAUUUAGAGUAGAUCCAUCACCAAUGGUUCAAACAGCGGCAGAUUUCCGUCUAUCAGGUCCUGAUGCUGUUUUAACGAUGUUAAAAUGGGUGGAAAAAGAAAUGCAUAAAAGAUUACCAACACUCACUAGGACUGUCAGUAAUAGUAGAAAACAAAAUACAUCCUUAGCAGCUAGUAUUCAUUCACAAAUGAGUAUAGCACAAAAAGAAGAAGAGAAGGAAAAAAUGAUUUUAAUGGCAAGAAGGUCAAAACUUACGUCAUAAUAUUUUAGUAUGGAUACUCAUAAAACAAAACACUACUUUUAAACUUUAGAUUUUUAUACCAUUUGUUUUUUAUUUAAUGAAUAAUACAACAUUUAAAAAAAAUUAUAUAUAUUUUUUAACUGUUUAUGUUUUAUUUAUAUAUAUGUAAAUGUAAUACUAGAUUUUUAUUAUUAUGUUUGUGAAUACAAUUAUUUAUAAUUGAUGAAUAAAUAAUUAUUGAUCACUGAA